GGGUGAGAUCACUGUUUGCUAUGUUUACCGGUAAACAAGGUCGGUCGGUUGUGUUGGAUAAAUAUUGAAACGAACUUGUCAGCUAAAUGGAAGCCGAAAGAAGUGAAAGUUGCAGGCCAUCUAUCACCACUUGGACGCCUUCUCGAUGCGAGAACACAGCACUCCAAGACGAUAGGAAAGACUUCUUUGGUCGUUGCGGUGAUAGCCUUGAAUCUCCAGCUCAGUUUACUCCUAGACGUAGUUCUCGGUUCCGGCAGAUGCCAGUUUAUCCACGAGAAACCUAUGUCAAUUCUGGCAAACGCAGGAAAAGGGGCAAAGCGAAAGGGUCAAAACGAGAUGAGAGUAUGGAAAGCAACACUGAGAGCGGAUGUGAUACCCCUGGCCAGUGUGGAGCACAAACUGACGGGGACAGUAACACUGGCCACCUGGAUUUCGACUCAACUCGUAAAUGGUUACCGAAAAUUAAGGUGGAAAUCUGCAGUCCCGGGGAAGGUAUCCUUGCCCCCGUGGAAACGGAGAAACUGCUUAUUGAUUUGAACACGCCAAAACUACAAGUUGGAGCGGACAAUGGAUUGCAGAAGAUCAAAGACGGCAGCGAAGGCCGCUCUAAAUCGACAUCCGCUAAGAAACGAAAAAUGGUCACAUCCGUCUACGCACCGUACUUCUCUUUGAGCGCUACCAACUCCCCCAAAUCGAACAGAAAGUCACCUCGAAACGUAGGGUCGUCCUCCACUGCGAAGGCGACAUCACUUCGUCGAAGCCGAUUGGAUGAUAAGUUAAGCAAAAUCACUAAAAGCCAGUAUGGGUCCACUUGCAGCUUGCCACAAUCAACAGGAAAAGAAAGGAAAAAAACACCUCAAAAAUUCAACAAAUCAGUGACUACCUUCUUAUCUGCUAACAAAAGCCAACUGGAUCAGUUUAGUUCAAUCACUGACCACAUUUACCAGAGGUUCGGUGAAAUUGAGGAAAGACAUAACCAAGACGCCAGUUUUGAUAGUACUUGCGUUGAUCGCAACACACCAGUAACAAGCAAGUUUUCAGCCAGAAGGGAUCAGAAACUAACGCCAAAACCUCUGUCUAAAAAUCCUACGCCAGCUAGCCGCAACAUGAAGCCUCAAAGGAAAAAUGAGAUGUCAAGAAUUCCAAUUUGGUCAGUGAAACCAUACGAGUCGCAACUAACACAUGCACCUAAAGUCAUUGAGUUUCAAGAGGUAAUGAAGGAGGACAUCAAACGUGACAACAAGGUGGCAGAGCGUCGCAACAGAAAUGUCGCCUUGUACAAAAAGGCAACUCGACAAAAUGAAAGAAAGCAGAUCAUUCAGGGUGUCCGAUCAAAUCGGCGCUUUGAAUUGCAGAUGAUGUAUCGCGACCAGUACCGUUGCUCCUAAAUAUGGAUCUAGUUAUAUCUUCAGUCUUCGAGCCGUUCUAGACUUUAAACCAAAACACUAAUAUUAGAUGAAUAGUUUUUUUUUGGGGCUGUUUUCAAUGCCAGAAUUUUAUUUUUAUCAAAUUUGAUUUAA